AUGAAGUCACCCUAUUUACUGGCAGCUUUACUUGCUGCACCAGCUCAAUCAGCGCCGACCGUCGACGAGACAUACCCUUAUCCCGGUUCCAAAAUCCCUAUUGGCGAUUGGGUCGACCCUACCGUCAAUGGCAAUGGCAAAGGAUUUCCGCGUCUAGUCGAGCCCCCAGCUGUCAAGCCUGCCUCUGCGAACCCAAGUAAUAACAUCAAUGUUAUCUCGUUGUCAUAUAUCCCUGCAAAGGAUGAAGAAACCACUGUCGGCAUCAGCAUUCACUACCAGACGCCUUUUGGUCUGGGCGUCCCGCCCUCGGUUCAAUGGGGAGCUAGUGCCUCCGCCUUAAAUAAUCUGGCUACCGGCUCCAGCGUAACAUACGAUCGCACUCCUCCCUGUUCUCUCAUCACUGUUGUUACUCAGUGCAGCCAAUUCUUCCACAACAUUCAUAUCGAAAAUCUCAAUCCCGGCACGACAUACUACUACCAGAUCCCUGCUGCUAACGGCACCACUCAGUCUGAUGUGCUUAGCUUCACUACCGCCCAAGCCAAGGGCAAUCCUUCCAAGUUCAGCAUUGCUAUCAACAAUGACAUGGGCUACACGAACGCCGGCGGUACCUACAAGUACAUGAAUGAGGCGGUUGAAGAGGGCUUGGCAUUUGUCUGGCACGGCGGUGAUCUUAGCUAUGCUGAUGACUGGUACUCUGGCGUCGUGCCUUGCGACUCUGGAUGGCCCGUUUGUUACAACGGCAGCUCGAGUCAUCUCCCCAAUAAUGAUACCAAUCCCGAUUACUUCAACACGCCUCUUCCAGAAGGAGAAAUACCAAACCAAGGUAGUCCUCGUGGUGGUGACGUGGGCGUUCUUUACGAGUCCAACUGGGACCUUUGGCAGCAGUGGAUGAACAACAUCACCCUAAAGAUUCCUUAUAUCGUUCUUCCUGGAAACCACGAGGCCACGUGUGCCGACCAUGAUAAUCCUCCGUAUAUCCUCUCUGCAUAUCUCGAUGAGGGCAUAGCGAAUGGCACCAGCCCCGACUCAACGCUAAAUUACUACUCGUGUCCACCUUCGCAGCGCAAUUUCACCGCCUUCCAGAACCGCUUCCACAUGGCAGGCGAAAAGUCCGGUGGCGUUGGUAAUUUCUGGCACUCGUUCGAUUAUGGCUUGGCACAUUUUAUAUCCAUUGACACGGAGACGGAUUAUGCUCACAGCCCGGACAAGACGUUUGUUGAAGACCUCGAGAAGGUGAAGCAGGAGGAGGAUUGUCUUGGCAAGGAUAAGGAUUCACCCAAGUGCAAGUGCAAGGGCAAGGACAAGGAUACACCUGAAUGCGAGGAAGAAAAGUGCGAGUGUGUGAAGAUCGAAAUGGGUGAUGAGACGGAUUUUGCAGCCGAAGAGGCCGAUCUUUUGUCUGACAAGACUCAUCCUCUGGCUAACAUGACACACAUCACGGAUGCUGGUCCCUUUGGAGCAAUCCACGGUUCAUACAAGGACAACAAAGCCUAUGAGCAAUACCAGUGGUUGAAGAAGGAUCUCGCUAGUGUUGAUCGAUGCAAGACCCCAUGGGUUAUCGUCAUGGGCCAUCGCCCUAUGUAUAGUUCCAAAUGUGGUGACUACCAUGAACAUCUUCGCGCAGCUUUUGAGAAGUUGUUUCUGAAGCACAAGGUCGAUCUCUACAUUGCUGGACAUGUGCACUGGUAUGAGCGCCUUAAGCCUAUCCGGAACUGUGCUGUUGACGACACCGCCAUCUUGAACAAUAAUACAUAUAAGGUGAAUCCCGGUAACUCGAUGGUUCAUCUCAUCAACGGCGCUGCUGGAAACAUCGAAAGCCACUCUACUACCAGCAACAAGACAUACCCUGACAUAACUGCUUUCCGUGAUCUCACCAGUUUUGGCUUCUCCAAGUUGACCGUCCACAACGAAACAGUCCUUUCUUGGCAAUUCAUAAAAGGUGAAGAUGGCUUGCCUGGUGAUUCUCUCACUGUGCAAAAGGACCCAUCUUCAACCUGCCAGGCUUUCGACUUCUCUGAUUCCUCGGGGACAUCUUGCUCUUCUGAGUGCUCUGGCUCUGCCUCUGGGUGGCUUCUCUGGCUCUACUGCAACAUCUCUUGCUCCAGCUUCUGGGAGACACUGAAGCAUUAG